AUGGAUUCCGCAUCGCAUAGGAAGCAGACGGAGGGGCCCUCUGGCUCAGCAGCUUCUCCUGAGCUGGUUAACCGGCUUAGUGAAAGCCGUUCUCCAUAUGUACGCGGCCACAUGCACAACCCGGUUGCAUGGCAAUUAUGGGAUGCUACCGCUAUAAAUCGAGCAAAGGAGCUUAAUCGGCUAAUUUUCCUAAGUAUCGGCUAUUCAGCUUGUCACUGGUGCCAUGUCAUGGAAAAGGAGUCCUUCAUGUCUCCUGAGGUCGCCGCGAUUCUCAAUAAAUCGUUUAUUCCGAUCAAGCUAGACCGAGAAGAGAGGCCGGACAUCGACGAUGUGUACAUGAAUUACGUUCAGGCAACUACAGGCUCCGGAGGCUGGCCACUAAACGUUUUCCUGACCCCCGACCUUGAGCCUGUGUUUGGAGGCACGUACUGGCCGGGACCAAACACAAUUCCACUCCCCAAGUUUGGAGGCGAAGGACCUGCGGCUUUCGUUGAUGUGCUGGAGAAGCUGCGAGAUGUCUGGGCCACGCAGCAGCUACGAUGCCGAGAGAGCGCAAAGGAGAUCACUCGGCAGCUUCGUGAGUUCGCUGAAGAAGGCACCCAUUUGGCGCAAGCAAACAAGAACGAACAGCAGGAAGACCUUGAAGUCGAGCUGCUAGAGGAAGCCCUCGGACAUUUCGUCACUCGAUAUGAUGCCAUCAACGGCGGGUUUUCAACAUCUCCUAAAUUCCCAACACCUGUUAAUCUGUCAUUCCUUCUUCGCCUGGCAAGAUAUCCGGAUGAGGUGAUGGAUAUAGUUGGCCGGGAGGAGUGCGCCAGGGCUACUGAGAUGGCAGUAAACACGAUGGUCAAGGUGGCGCGGGGAGGUAUUCGGGAUCAGAUUGGCUACGGUUUCUCGCGGUACAGUGUCACUCCGGACUGGAGUCUACCGCACUUUGAGAAAAUGUUAUACGAUCAAGCUCAACUACUUGAUGUCUAUAUUGACGGAUUCGAGGCGAGUCACGAACCAGAGCUGCUAGGUGCCAUCUAUGAUCUCGUCACCUACAUGACGAGCCCCCCGAUCCUAUCGCCUAUGGGAUGUUUCUACUCAUCUGAAGAUGCAGACAGUCAGCCCAGCCCGGAAGAUACCGAGAAGCGGGAAGGUGCAUACUACGUAUGGACAUUAAAAGAGCUGAAACAAAUAUUGGGACACCGCGAUGCUGACGUUUGUGCACGCCACUGGGGAGUUUUACCUGACGGAAACGUGGCGCGUGUAAACGACCCCCACGACGAAUUUAUGAACAGGAACGUUUUAAGGAUCGCCACGACACCCGCUCAAGUUGCGAAGGAGUUUGGACUACACGAGGAAGAAACGAUAAGGAUUCUAAAGGCAUCUAGAGCGAAACUGCGAGAGUUUAGAGAGACGAAAAGAGUACGACCGGAAUUAGACGAUAAGAUAAUCGUUGCAUGGAACGGACUUGCGAUCGGUGCGCUGGCAAAAUGCGCCAUACUGCUCGAGGAAAUCGAUAUUGAAAAGUCAAAACACUGUAAGCUCAUGGCUGGAAAUGCAGUCAAGUUUAUCAAGGAGAAUCUCUAUGAUGCCGAAUCCGGCCAGCUGUGGCGAAUCUAUCGUGCUGAUUCUAGGGGUAACACGCCUGGAUUCGCUGACGACUAUGCCUACCUUAUAUCGGGGUUGGUCCAACUCUAUGAGGCAACAUUUGAUGACAGCUAUUUGCAAUUUGCAGAUCACUUGCAACAAUAUCUCAAUAAAUAUUUCAUAUCCGUGUCCGCGGACGACAGCAGCAUCUGUACGGGGUUCUACCUGACCCCUUUGGAGGCCGUGACAGAUACACCUGGCGCGCUCUUCCGUCUCAAGACAGGAACUGACUCCGCGAUGCCUUCUACCAACGGUGUCAUCGCUCAGAACCUGCUGCGACUAUCCUCGUUACUAGAGGACGAAUCCUACAAGACGAUGGCUAAGCAAACAUGCAACGCCUUCGCGGUGGAGGUGAUGCAACAUCCCUUCCUCUUCGUUGGCCUGUUGGAUGUCGUCGUUGGCCUUGAGGUAGGUACAAAGAGUAUAACAGGCGUUUUGGGCAACGAUCAAUCAACAGGAACAGCGACGGGUGAUGGUAGCACGAAAGCGGAAAGCAGCCUGAUUCGGAAGAUGCGCGCUGAAGCGGGUAGUACAGCCUCGACCAGCGCAGCCGUUCCCUCCAUGGUCGACGUUCGUGCUACCGGCGACGGACGGGCAAACACAUCGAAAUGGCUCCGGGGGCGGAAUUCGCUGCUCAAGGACCUCUCGUCGGGGAAAAACUUCUUACUCGUGUGCGAAGCAGGAUCAUGCCGGACGGUCGAUAUCCCGCUGGAAGAUGCCUAG